GUCUUUGGCGGGACGGACACCACGUCCACUGCCCUGAGGAAUAUUAUCUUUUAUUUGUUAACCACCCCUCGAGCAUACCGCGCACUUCAGUCCGAGAUUGACGGUGCUGUAAAGCCUGUGACACGCCCAGUGAUCAGAGACGCCGAGGCCAAAGCCCUUCCCUACCUCCAGGCAUGCAUCAAAGAAGGUCUAAGGAUAUUCCCACCCAGUAUGGGCCUUAUGGGCAAGGUGUGUCCGCGUGAUGAUACGAUCUGUGGCAUAAGGGUCCCUGCAAACACCCAAGUCGCUUGGUCGGCGCUGGCCAUUAUGAGGAACCGAACCAUAUUUGGGAACGAUGCAGACGUAUAUGAGCCGAAACGCUGGAUUGACGCACCAGUGGAAAAGAGAAAGGAGAUGGAUGCCUCGUACGGAUUGGUAUUUGCGACUGGAACAAGGUGGGAAUGCUUGGGAAGCGGCUUGCGUACAUAA